GACUUGUUCAUAAAGAUAGGAGAAUUUGUUAAAUUAUAAUCCAUAGUCCAUUAGUCCGUAUCCUAUAUAUCUUUCUUGGAGGAAAAUAAAUAAAUCUUUCAUAGGAACUAUGAUUAUUAUAACAAACUUAUCCAAUCAUUAUAACUACUCCUAUAUAUAUAUGUUCCCCUAACACGUAAAAAGUUGUAUUAGGGUUUUAUUUUAGUGAAACAAAAUUAAAUAACAUAGUUUCAAGAAAUUAAGAAGAAAUAAUGGUGAAUUCCGAAGAAAGAAAGAAAAUUUGUGUAACAGGUGCUUCUGGAUUUAUUGCUUCUUGGAUCGUUAAGCUCUUGCUUGAUCGUGGUUACGUUGUCAAUGGCACCGUUCUUAGCCUAAAUGAUCCGAAGGAAGUACAUCACUUGCUGACUCUUGAUGGCGCGAAUGAAAGACUCCACUUGUUCGAAGCCAAUCUUAUGAAGGAAGGAUCCUUUGAUUCUGCUAUUCAUGGAUGUGAUGGUGUUUUUCAUACUGCGUGUCCUGUUAAACUCGACGUCUCCAAUCCUCAGGCUGAAAUGAUUGAUCCAGCAGUAAAAGGAACACUAAAUGUCCUUGCAUCUUGUGCUAAAGUUCCAAGCAUCAAACGCGUAGUUUUUACAUCUUCGAUGGCUUCUGUUCUGUGUACUGGUAGACCUCUGACAGCUGAAACUGUAGUCGACGAUACAUGGUUUUCUGUCCCAGAACUCUGUGAGAAAUCACCAAUGAAGUGGUAUCUGCUGUCAAAGACAUUCGCCGAACAAGCUGCUUGGAAAUUUGUCAAAGAACAUGACAUCGAUAUGGUGUCAAUAAACCCAGGAAUUGUUAUAGGUCCUGCAUUGCAGCCAACAAUCAAUGCUAGUGUUGCUGCCAUUCUAAACUUGGUCAAUGGCUCAGAAACCUAUGAUAAUGGAACAUAUGGAUGGGUUCAUGUCAAAGAUGUAGCUGAAGCACACAUUCUAGCAUUCGAAACUCCUGCAGCAAGUGGGAGGUAUCUGUUGAAUGAAAAUGUUCAUCAUGUUUCGGAACUUGUGAAAAUCUUAAGGGAACUUUACCCUGAUCUUAAAGUCCCUAACAAGCCUUCGAAUGACAAGCCUUUCAAUCCAGCUUACAAAGUUUCUAAGGAAAAGGUGGAAAGCUUAGGCAUCAACUAUAUUCCCCUGGAAGUCGGCCUUAAGGAAGCUGUCGAAUCCUUGAUCGAAAAGAAGUUCAUUAGUGCUUAAUUUUGCUGUUUAAUUUCAUUGCUAUUAUGUAAUUUGAUAGAGUCUACACAUUAUCGACGCAUACAUUUCUGGACUUUAUAUAAUCUUAGCUUCAAUUGCAUAAGUACAAUAAUGUUCCAACUUUGAUGUGUUUUAGUGAAU